GACUUUAGGUCGGAUGUGCGGAUAGAAAGAGCAACCAGGAGGUUGAUUAAGAUUGGGGGACGAAUGUGCAUUGUGUGCCACUUCCCUAAUUAGAUGAGACGCGCGCGUGGGACCGCAUUAAGGGUCCCCCUGGUUAUGUAACUGGCCAACAGGCAGGUGUAAGAGCGGCGAGUCCUCGGGAUGGACCAUUUUCACGCAUUCAAACGACGCUAUGAGGGCGUAAUAACAUAAUAGACUGUAAUAAGUUGUGGCUAUUGCUGGUCAAUUGCUCAUAGCAGUUUGGAGUAGGACGGCCGAAUAGAAACACCAAAAAUUCGAGCAGCACGAAGGCAUCUAAAGCACCCAUCGACCAUACGAUCCGAUCAUCCCUCUGGUAUCUUAAGUACGAAGCAAGUGCUUCGAAGAUUUCGGCUUUGUCUUCCCGUCUGUCGGUACACUGGUAGUUCCAUCGCUCCGAACGGGUCCGGCGAUCGCCUGCGCCACCUCCGCCAUCUUCGUUCCUUCGCCGCCUCCACCAAAGUUUUUAAAUGUUUUCUAACGUGAAUUAUGAAGUUUAAGGGAGACGGAAUCUUCAGCCCAACCGUGAAAAACAAAAAGGUCUGCAGAUGACCGCGCUGCAUCAAACACGUGCUGCCCACAGAAAUAUACACCAUUCCUAGUCUGUGGAUCUCCUCUUCUGCACAAUUACUCCAUGCAUUGUAAUUAGUUGUAAUUAAUCAAAGCGCGGCCAACAAACCCCGCUUAAUUGUGCUAUGGAAUUAUGCAAGGAAAACUAUGGACCUAACGCCAUGGAGAGCCACAACCUCAUUAAUUCCACUGCAAAGGCCCACGAGGAUCCUAGUCCUUCCGACGCUUGUAUAGUCAGCGAUAUGGAAUUAACUUUAGUCAGCCCGACGUCGGAAACCAACGACAACGACAAUGGAAGAUUACCGGACGUUGUCGUCGAGGCAAAACUACCCGGCGACGAUGUUCCAGAACAGAUCCAGGAGACCUACUUCUCGAUAGCAAUCCAGGUGUUCAUUCCAUUCCUCAUCGCCGGUUUCGGCAUGGUAUUUGCUGGAUUGGUUCUAGAUAGGAUACAGCAUUGGCCCGUAUUCGAGAAAGUCACCGAAUUGGUGAUCCUAAUCCCCGCCCUGUUGGGCUUAAAAGGGAACCUGGAGAUGACCCUCGCAUCCCGCCUAUCCACCCAAGCGAACCUGGGCCAUAUGGAUACUCCGAAGCAGCAGCUGAGUAUGAUUAUCGGAAACCUAACGCUCAUUCAGUGCCAGGCUAUUGUGGUAGGAUUCCUAGGAUCCGUCGUGGCUGUGGUCAUGGGCGCAAUCAAAAGCAACGACGUGGAAUUGGAUCAUGCAUAUCUUCUAUGUGCCAGCAGCCUGGUGACCGUCUCCAUUGCAAGCUUAGUACUUGGCCUAAUCACGGCUGGUGUAAUCGUUCUAUCAAGACUGUGCCACAUCAAUCCAGACAACGUAGCCACCCCGAUUGCAGCUAGCCUCGGCGAUAUCACGUCCUUGGCUUUGCUGUCGUGGGUUGCCACGCUGUUAUACAAGUCCAUCGGUACGCACGAUUGGCUUGCCCCUCUCAUCAUAGCCGCGUACAUUCUAGCUAUCCCCUUGUGGAUAUGGAUAGCUAAGAGGAAUCUGCAGACGCGGGACGUUUUGUACAAUGGUUGGACACCUGUUGUCGGAGCCAUGCUUAUCAGCUCCAUGGGAGGAUUAAUUUUAGAUUUCAUGGUAUCCAGAUUUGAGGGCAUCGCCGUUUUUCAACCAGUGAUCAACGGUGUCGGCGGUAAUUUAGUAGCUGUCCAGGCUAGCAGGAUUUCGACAGCUCUGCACAAGCAAUCAGUAUUAGGUGUAUUAUCGGCAGUUGGAAAUGAGGACGAAGAUACAGUCAUAUUCAUAUCACCGGUAGCCGCUUUCUGGGGCAAAGGUACGCAUGCCAGGACAACGCGUGUCCUGAUGGCUAUGGUCUUGCCCGGUCACCUGAUUUUCAUCUACACCAUCGAUUAUAUGAAAUCAGGAGAUACACAACUGAGUUCUUUAUUCGUAAUCGUGUAUUUGUGUGCAGCUACCAUGCAAGUAGCCACGCUUUUGUAUGUAGCCUAUAUAAUGAUUCACUGGAUGUGGAAACGCAAAAUUGAUCCGGACAACUCGGCAAUUCCCUAUUUAACAUCCAUGGGCGAUUUGCUAGGCAUAUCUUUGCUAGCAAUUGCAUUCCAGUUUCUGUACCUAGUCGGCGAUCAUGAAAUCCCUGACCCCGGUGAAGGAUAAGUUUUUGAAAUCAUUCACUCAUACCUUCCACUACAAAGCAAUACAAUGACACCAUUUUUUUUACACCAAACUAUACUAAUCUGAUUUUAAACAGAAAAGAACACCCAUAUAUUUUAUGCGAAUAUGUUCCUUUAAAUAUACCUCUUUCAUGUUCUUAAUGUGAUAUUGAACCUAACGGUUUUACUCAGCAAAAUGCUAUAGAAGAACAACCAAGAUUAGAACGAUUAACUUUUGACAAUAGUUAUAGUAUUUACUUUUCUCGUCAUAGUACUUGCGUCAAUUCAAUUCACAGAAGUCAUAUAUAAUUUUCG